GAGAACGCUAAAGCCAUGCGGAUUCUCACAAACUACGAUACCGCCUUAAUGGCGUUUGGCUUGGUGGCUUCACUUCUUAUUUUACUCCCGAUGUUAAUUCUAGCGGCGUCAACUAUGCGAUUCAACAUCACUAUCACUCAAAAAGGCGACUCCAAACGUACCCCUACUCUCCCCUAUAUGUUACCGUUCAUUUUCCAUGGUGUUCCGUUGAUUUGUGAUCCCGCCAAAUUUAUAACGGAAAUAUUGAUGCGAUAUGGCUGGCGAAGACCACUGCGUAUUCGAGUGCGUUGGCUCCAGUACAUCAUAGUAGCUAACCCUUCGCACAUCCAAACUAUUUUUAAGUCGUCCAAGCAGUUAACGAGCAAACCGGCAAUCCUACAUUCCUUAAAGCACAUUCUAAAGUCCCCCGCUCACGCCGUCGCCUUUUAUGCUGCUGAUAACUCGGGAAUAGCCGCAUCGCCACGGAAAGGAAGCAAUAUCAAGCAUCAUAAUAGGAUCAACUUCCAUCAAGCUCACACUGUACAUGAAUUCCUUUCAGGCCAGCAUCUAACCCACAUUGCGGAUCGAUAUUUGACUAUAUUGCAGCGCAAUUUGUCUUCUUUAUUUGCUUCUCGCUCUGAUGACUGGGUAGAGUAUCCCGACUUGUACCAAUUCAUUCAAAUACAGGCAACAAAAGCUUCAAUCGAAACAAUCAUGGGCUCUAAAAUACUUGAAAUCAAUCCAAACAUUAUCGAUGACUUUUGGGAAUUCGAUAAUAAUGUUCCUCAGUUCCUGAAAUGCCUUCCUCGUUGGAUGAUGCCUGCCCCAUUCAAGGCUCGAGAUCGAGUUCAUGACAGUAUCAAGAAAUGGCAUGCCUACGCUCAUGCUCAUUCGGACUGCUCUCGGAUUAGCGCUAACGAUCCAGAAUGGGAGCCUUUUUUUGGUACCAAGAUGAUCAGGGCUAGACAAAACUACAUGCUUAAAAUGAAGCCCCUGGACGCCGAUGCCCGUGCAUCCGAGGAUUUAGGCCUUAUGAUGGCGUCCAAUGGAAAUGCCGUGCCUUGUAUUUUCUGGUUUAUAUACGAGGCGCUUCGGCACCAGAGUUUACAAGAACAGAUGGUGGCUGAGGUGACAUCAUGUAUGAAAUCGGGGGAACUUGAUAUCACCAGUCUCUCCGCCCAGCCUUUGCUGCAGUCGGUAUAUGCCGAGGUACUACGGCUUCGCAUUGCUACGGGGGUGGCUCGAGUAAGCGAAUUCGGUGCCUUCAAUCUUGAUGGAUACCAUAUUAAAGAGGGCCAACCCAUUAUAAUUUUCAGCCGGCCAGCCGCCUUGAAUGAGGAAACCUGGGCACGUGCAGGAAAAUCGGUCUCCGAAACCGCGCCUCUGGACGAGUUCUACGCAGAGCGUUUCCUCGUGUCUAUGGGCGACGGGGAUCAACGAAAAAACACCACAUCAUCUACUUCUGCAUCGGCAGAAACCAAGUACAGUUUCUCGUUGAACGGGCUGGCUGGAUCCUGGAUCCCAUACGGCGGGGGCCAGCGAAUGUGCCCGGGCCGCCACCUGGCGAAAGGGGAAAUGAUCGGAACCUUUGCCGUGUUGUUCACCCAGUACGACAUCGAGCUCACAGCGCCUCAUUCACCGAAGAUUGAGUCUGAUCUGAAGUGGUUUCCUGUAGGCGCGCUUCCACCUGUGGGUAAAGUGCCGUUCCGAAUAAGGUCGAGGCCAAAGCUAGAUUAAAAGUCAUGGUCAGACAAAGCGUACUUACCUACCUAAGGUACGGAGGUGGUGUGAAGUAACAU